AUGGCGAUGGACGGAAUGAUGUCCACGUCUUCGGGUCUGUCUUACCACAAUGCCGGGGACUUUUACCCCAGAAAGUUCGGCCCGAAGCCGGACGUAGUGCCGUCCGGGGUCACCGAGAGGAAAGUGGGGCCGCUGGAUAAACCUGACAUGGUGUCGGUGGAUGUCAUUAACAUCAACGACUCAGAUGUCCACUUGCACAGGAAGAAGCAUGAGCACGACACGUAUGUCUUGGGCACCAUUCAUCCAUUCAGGAAGACACACAGAUCCAUCUUUGGAAAAUUCCAGCAAGAAUUCAGACUGGUCACCUCAGAUAGACGGUCGUGGAGGAUCCUGCUGUUUGGCGCGCUCAACCUGCUAUGUACCGGCUGUCUGCUGAUGUGGUGCAGCUCUACCAACAGCAUGGCCUUAACUGCCUACACAUACCUCACCAUCUUCGACCUGUUCAGUCUGAUCACCUGUCUCAUCAGUUCCUGGGUGACCAUGAAGAAACCAAGUCAGGUCUACUCAUUUGGGUUUGAUCGACUGGAGGUUUUGGCAGUUUUUGCCUCCACUGUUCUCGUCCAGCUGGGAGCCUUGUUCAUCCUGAAGGAGAGUGUGGAGCGCUUCAUGGAGCAGCCUGAGGUCCAUACUGGUCGCCUGUUGGUUGGGACGUUCGUCGCUCUGUUCUUCAACCUGUUGACUCUGCUGUCGGUCAAGAACAAACCCUUCACCUACGUCUCAGAAGCCGCCAGCAGCAGUUGGCUUCAGGAACAUGUGGCCGAUUUGAGUCGAAGUUUGUGUGGCAUCGUUCCAGGUCUGAGCAGCGUGCUGCUGCCUCGUAUGAACCCGUUUGUCCUGAUCAACAUGGCUGGAGCUCUUUCCCUCUGCAUCACCUACAUGCUCAUAGAAAUCAAUAACUACAAUGCGGUGGACACGGCAUCCGCAGUCGCCAUCGCGCUCAUGACCUUUGGCACCAUGUAUCCCAUGAGCGUCUACAGCGGCAAAGUGCUGCUGCAGACGACGCCGUCCCACAUCAUCGGCCAGCUGGACAAACUGCUCAGAGAGGUGUCGACUCUGGACGGCGUGCUGGAGGUUCGAAAUGAGCACUUCUGGACUGUCGGCUUCGGAUCUCUGGCUGGCUCUGCCCACGUUCGUAUCCGCCGUGAUGCCAACGAGCAGCUGGUCCUGGCUCACGUCACCAACCGGCUGCUGCCGCUCGUCUCCACGCUGACCGUCCAGAUCUUUAAAGAUGACUGGACCAGACCCCUCCUCACCGGGGCGCUCUCCGCCUCUUCUGUUUCUCCUCUGGGUCCUGAAGGCUACGGCGCCCUCUCCUCCUCCUCUGUGCCUCCCCUGCUCAUGUCCUCGGGAGCAGAGAUGGACCCACUGACCUCCACGCCCGCCAAACCCAGCAGCCCUCCUCCAGAGUUCGCCUUCAACACACCGGGGAGGAACGUGCAGCCGAUGGUCCUCCCUGCCCCGGGACACCACGCCCACAGGCCCUACGGAGGCCUGGGACUCACCUACGGAGCGUCUCCCUACACAGGGAUGCUGAGUCAAGGUCUAGCGCGGCCCGGUGGUGGGCUGGGGCUCGGCUCGCAGGGUCUUGGAGCAGGGUUUGGACUGGGUGUGAGCGGGAGUGGGAGCGGGGUGCCUUCCUCUCAGAGCUACAGAACUGCCUUCGGAGGGUCGACGGCGCCGCUCCGGUUUGGAACCAGCAAUCCUCUGGCUUCACAGUCGCAGUACAGACAAUACAGACCCUGAUUGUGCCGAGCUAGAACUCUGAGUGUUCAUGAUGAAGGUCAAGUUUCUCCACACCUCGGUUCAGAUAUGUGAAACUCUGAUGAGAUUUAUUUCCUGUUCAGGCUGGACGGCCAACGCUACAACAUUUACUCCCAGUGAGACAACAAGACGGUAACUUCAGAUUAAACUCCUGUAGUGUGAGCCUCCCCUGGCUUUAGAAGAGAGACAAGUAUGUUGUGGUAUUUAUUUUGCUGACAGAAGGACCAAGAGGUUGACUGUGGUUGGAUGUGUUAUAUUUGAGUCUUUUUUAAUUUUCAGGACCUUGGGAGACGACCUCACUGUGGGGUCUGACACUGACAGAAACAGUGUGUCUAUACUUAUUUUACGGUUAUUUUGUAACAGGAACGGCUGUGAAGAAACAUCGUCAAACAACAUUCCUGGUGAGGGGAAAUAAAGUGUUGAAUGAAACUGAA